AUGGCUAAAGGUGCAUUCCCUCUUAUCCAACUUCCAAGAAACUUCCGAUUGCUCGAGGAGCUCGAGAAAGGCGAGAAGGGGAUCGGAGACGGGUCGUGCUCGUACGGAUUGGAAGAUGGCGACGACAUCAUGAUGAGCAACUGGAACGGCACCAUCAUCGGGCCAGGCCACACCGUCCACGAGAACAGAAUAUACAGCCUCAAGAUUACCUGCGGCGAGAACUACCCCGACUCCCCACCCGACGUCCAGUUCCUCUCCAAAAUCAACCUCCCAUUCGUUAACCCCAACAACGGCAAAGUCGACGCCUCAAAGGUCAACGUACUCGCCAACUGGACGAGGAACAGCAGCAUCGAAACCGUCUUGGUCGAGAUUCGCAAGGAGAUGGCAUCGUUCAAUAACCGAAAGCUCCCCCAACCACCCGAAGGAUCCAUGUUCUAA